AACACACACAAAAAAAAAAAAAAAAAAGGAAUCGGACAAAUAACACCAGAGUAGAACCAGAAACCCUCAGAUUGAAAUUGGUAUUGGCCGGUGGAGAAUGGGAGCACAAACAAACGUAGUUGCAGAGAAAGUUGAGGACUUGCUCGAUGCUGCUAGAUACAAUGAUAUUGAUGAUCUCAGAACCUUGGCCUCUGAUGGUGUCUCUCUUGACUCUCGUGAUUCACAAGGCCGAACAGCCCUCCAUAUGGCCGCGGCGAAUGGACAUAUGACUAUAGUGGAGUAUCUUAUCAGUCAAGGAGUGGAUAUUAAUGCUCUUAACGAUGAGAACAAUUCUCCUCUACAUUGGGCAUGCUUAAAUGGCCGUGUUGAGGUGGUGAAGAGAUUGAUCUUGGCUGGAGCAAGUCUAAGUCUUUUGAAUCGGUACGAGAGGACUCCAAUGGAUGAAGCCAUUGGUGCGGAGAAGAUGGAGAUUAUAGAUGCUAUUAACACAACUGUUGCACAAAUGGAACUUGAAAAUACCAGUGUGACAUGACUUUUCAGACAUCUUCAUCCUCAGCAUCCUAAAUGUUCCCUUUCUCUAUCUCUGUCUCUCUGUCUAUCUGAUUUACAAAUGAGGUUUUGCUGUAUUGUGGGAUUGUCGGUUUGUUACCUAUGCUAGUAGUUGUUAGAACUGGGAUCAAUAGAAUUCAAAAAAUUUG